GUUUUCUUUUACUUUUGAACGAGUUGAAAUUCAUGUGCCUUCUUAUGCAGGCCUCGCCCUUCAUACCGACAUACAUGAUCAUAUAUAAUGUUUUAUAUGAUCAUAUAUAAUGUUUCAUAUGAUCAUAUAUAACGUUAUAUAUGAUCGUAUAUAGCAUUAUAUAUGGAGUUAUAUAUGAUCAUAUAAAAUCACAUAUAUGGGCGCCCAUAUAUACUCAUAUCUGCUCAUAUAUAGAGGUCCAUAUCUAAACCAUGUCAUCCGGGAAGCGUGGAAACGACCAAUUCUUGACUGGAUAUAGCAUUUACAAUAGCCUUAAAGCUAACCGGAGUUGCUGCGGGGAAGGGGAGGGGGAAGGGGCGCAGGAUUUGUCAGGAUCCCAAGGAUCCCUGAUGGUGUCUGUGAUGUGCCCCGACAGCCUCCGACCAUAGAGAAUGGAACAAAGAGUGCACCAAACAGCCCCGAUGCGAAAUUUAAGCCGGAUUAUAGUUGUCGAUGUCGGUGGAGUCAGCGGCGUCUUCCGAGCUUCCGAUGACCUCCAACUUGACAGACGGUCCAACAGUUGCGAUAUUUAACGAUUAUUUCUUGUUAAAUUUUAGUGACUGUUAAACAAUGAAAGAAGUGCGAAUUUUGUCUUUGCCACCACGAUCCGAGUAACUCCAACUCUAUUUUCUUUUUCAGAAAACACCGGCGUCGAGGAUUUGGCAUUGGGAUCCAUUCAAGGGCACAAGCAGCCUCGUUGCAUGCAUUUGACUGGUGGGGGAAGAAAGAGCGUGUGAAGCAAUUUGCAAACAACUGCCCUGACUGUAGAAAAAGAAACAAAAACUUCCCGAAGGUAAGAAAAACAAGGAGCACAGAAAACAAGGGGCCACGGAAUGACAGCACAUUCGUAGUUCGCGAAGAGCCGCCAGUGGCACUGGCGUCGACCGAGAGGGACGAGACGAGCGGGCCGGGCGUUCGCUGUGUAUUGGUGAAUUGUGGCACGUGCGUUCGGUGCAGGGCUGGGCCGCCGCCGGCACGGAGGAGGGCGAGGUGCAGGUCCUGUGCAUGCCGUCGGACGGGGACUGUAUGCUCACUGGUCUAGAAGCCCACAACUGUCCCGUGCUGCACUCUUGGUGCUGAUAGGGUCCCCCACGACACUGAGUGUGUGGCGUGCAACCGGGACGUACAUGUCUUCAGCACGUGCUCGUCCUUGCUGCCGGACAGCGAUGACAGGGUUUGCCCUCCUAUUCCCAGGUCUGGGCCGCCGCCGGCACGAAGCAGACGGUGCGUGUGGAGGAGGGCGAGGUGCAGGUCCUGUGCAUGCCGUCGGACGGGGACUGUAUGCUCACGGCCCUGGCGCCACCAGCUGCACCACCGGGGCGUCAGCAAGAGCCGGCUGAGUCCGGUGGGAGGCCAGGCUCACAUGAAGUUGGCAGCCAGCCUCAGGAGAGAAGCAGCCACGUUCAUGGAGACCCACCCAGACCUGUACCAGGACCCCGCCGUCGGCCUCGUCCUGGACGAGCCUGGCCGGUACGCGAGGCUGAUUGUGGACGGCGAGAUGCGAGGUGCCGGACCCCGCGGCCGCCCUGGCCGGCGUGAUAGACGGCGUGCGGCGGCCGGCCGGCGAGGGCGGCGCGUGGGGCAACAACGCGGUGCUGUCCGCGCUCGCCACGCUCUACCGAUUCACCGUCCGCGUGUACAACGAGGUGGACGCCGGGGGCCCGCGCGCGCCUGCCACGGACAUAGUGCCGCAGGAGAGAGUGCCGCCGCGGGGCACGCUGUGCAUCGCGCACCGCCUCAGCCUGGGGCCGCGGGUAGACGGGGCACAGGUGGAGCCCCUCCCAGCAGCCGAAGACCCCGUGGAAGCUUCUGCGCAGCCUCUCCCUGGCCACCAUUUCGCCGGGGCUCAAUAGAGCCAGACUCUCGUCCAUGGGGUCGGCGCUGGAGCCCCUAAGCCCAGACCUGCUGUCAGACUCAACUAUUUUUCAUGUGUCGAGGGCCCGCCGGAGCUCCACGGGCGAUCUCGCCGCCUUCCUCGCCGCCGCCCCCUAUUGCAAGGCGUGCACGCCCAACACGUGCGUUUCUUACGUUAUUUUGUACCUCGGGGUAAAAAUAUCGUGGGGGUACCAUGACAGCGUGCUGCGGGGCCACCGUCACCGGCGUCACCAACUGCCGUUACGGGGCUGCCUGGAGUCAUUCUUUGAAGUAGAAAUUCCAGAAAACAGCCCUGUUGCUGGUUACAACUUAUUGGUUUUUAGGCAACGCCAUGAAGCCCACGACAAACCAAUGCAAGUGUGAGUGCUGUUUAGAAGAAAAAGAUGUCUUUGCUACUGCUGGUCUCACAGGCGAACAACAAGCGACGAAGAAGAUGAAUGCUUUUGUGUAUGUCAUUGUCUUUGCUGCUGGGUUUUACUUUUCUCAUGUAAAUGUUUGUGCUGCGACUCAUACAAAAUUCCAGUAAUCUGUUUUGCCUGUAAGACAAAUAUGUCGUAAAAUUCGAAAUUUUGUAAAAUAAAAGGCUAUAAAGGUAAUCUCUAAUGGA